AGGUAUCCGGCUCGGCCUUCCCGUUCUGCAGCACUAGAUAGUUCCAGCAGCACUGAGCCCAUCCGCUGUCCAGCAGUAUGUUUAGAUCUGCUCUCCGUCUCUCACUGUCCGGUGCCCGGAGCUUAGCACGAUCACGACCACAGUACUCAGCUCCUUUAGCUAGCCGCUGCUACUCUUCUCAUGGCAAACAGGAGACGGACGAGGAGUUUGAUGCCCGCUGGGUUACCUAUUUUAACAAACCAGAUAUUGAUGCUUGGGAGCUGAAGAAAGGUAUGAAUACUCUAAUUGGUUAUGACCUGGUACCUGAACCCAAGAUCUUAGAUGCAGCUCUGAGAGCCUGCCGAAGACUAAAUGACAUGGCCAGUGCCAUCCGUAUUCUUGAGGCAGUCAAGGACAAAGCAGGUCCACACAAAGAAAUCUAUCCUUAUGUUAUCCAAGAGCUCCGUCCCACACUUAAUGAGCUGGGUAUCUCCACACCUGAAGAGCUUGGCAUUGACAAAGCAUAGACUUCUGCCAUCAUGAAUCUUCUGAGGGACCGUGGCCAUUGUUGGGACUGUCUGGACCUCCGUACUUGAAGUCUUUGCCUCAUGUCAUGAUUUGUGUGUACUAUUUAAUUGGCCUGUAUAAUGUUCUUUUGUUUGUAAAAUAGUGGUGGACCUAAUAAAGGCACUUAUAUCUUUA